CGAGUCUUCUUAAGGAGAGACGUUCACUGCUGGAUCAUUCGAAGCAAACACCAAACCUUAUUAAUUCAUAAUUCUGAGUCAAUCUGCCAUGAAUCUCACAUUUGCACUCAUGGUGUUAUCUCUGCUGUAUGUGAAAGGUUUAUUUGCUGUGGUUUUUGACUCUGGAUCAGUUUGUGCUCCUGCAGGAUCAGCUGUGUUUCUGAGAUCCAAAUGUUUAUAUACUGGAUGGAUAUUUCAGUCAUGGAAACUCAGAAGAAAUAAUACUGAAACUCUAGUGGAUCCUAGUAAGGACUCCCGAUACAGAUAUAUAAAUGGUUUAUUUGACAAGUGUUACCUACACAUUCAUGGUCUAAAAGAGACAGACGCUGGCACAUAUUACACAAGCUUCCUUGACAGAGGACACACCAGAUUUACUUCAAAGAGUCCAUCAGAAUUCACUGUACAUGUCACAGAUCUUCAGGUGUGUGUUGACUCUGAUCGUGUGACUGAAGGGCAGAACGUCACACUGACCUGUAAGACCAGCUGUCCUCUGAAACAAACCUUCAUCUGGUUCAAGAACGGGCUUCGUUUGGAUCUCAGUUAUUCUGGGGAUCAGCUGCAUGUUUCUGCGGCGAGCCGUGAGGAUUCAGGACGAUACUCGUGUGCACUGAAACACUUUGAAACGUUCCCAUCGGCCGAGAUGCUCCUCGAUGUCACCCAUGUUGUUGUGUCUGAGAGUGCUGCGAUCAUUACAUUGCCAUCGCUCCUGAUUGCUGUCGUUCUGCUGCUGGUUUGUGUAGCUCUAUGGACGAUAAAGAAAAAACAACAAAACCUCAAAAGACCCGAAGCGGAAGAGCAAUGCAAACAGAAUGAAAAUGUUUACGAAAACGCAUUAACAAUGGCUAUGACCUUUGACCUGGAGGGGAAAGUAAAGUCAUUUCAUCAGGAGGAGGAAGUUCAGUACUCUUUUGUCCAUUUCAGCAAAUUUAGAAACGCAGAAUAUUCUGCAGCUUGUGAAAAGGAAGCUGAUGUCCAUUACGCUCAGAUCUCAGUGCAACAUCAGAACAACAGCAAUGUUCUGGAGGCUAUAUAAUAUAUGAAUACAUGUCUGACGUCAGUCACCAUUUGUGACCUCCCCUAGAGAUCUAGUGAUGAAUUCAGUUCUGAUUUUGCCUUUUGCAUCUGCAGUACUGUACAUACUGUACCCCUGUGGCUAUCUUUGCAGAACUGAUGGCGAAAAAUGCAUUGGAAGCCUUUUUAACAAAAAUAUUUGUUUGUACCUUUAGAUAUUCUCUGAAUAAAAAAAUAAAGUAUUAGCAUUAUUUUCCCAAGUUCUUGUAACAUAGCUGUUUUAGAAAGACAGAAUUUGGAUAUAUGCCUGUGUUUGAGUCAACAAAAGCAUGGUAUCCUCUCCAUAUUAACACGUCUAUUUAUAGCCGCUGCUGCAUCUUUUUUUAGACCGAGCUGUUGAUGUUCUGCUGUUUCUGGCGACCUGCUGCUCGUCUUCCCUUCAAAAGACAUUGUGGUUUUCCUAAUGCAUGCAGUGAGUGAAAAUAUCUGACAAUCAUAUUCCACUAAAGAGAUGUCUGAUAUAUAAUAUUGAUAAUAAGAAUAUGAGCGCAGCUGUGAGCGCAUCUGGCCGAAAUCAUGAAACCUUUUAAGAAGGGUAAAGCUCUGAAAGACCCCAUACCAUCUCUGACAGGGAACAGAUCGCUUUCAACUCACUGCAUCGAUUCCACACCCACUGCUCACUUUCAGUGAUGCCAUUAAAUAUUAAGCAUUUCCCAAUGUGAGUGCAUUAUCAUAAAUGUUGAAACUGAGUUUUUGUUUAGUGAAUUAAACCAAAUAUACAAUAUAAUGAUAAUGUGUACAGUUUUUGUGUGAUGCAUUUAUGUCUGUGGUUUUUGUGUGCAUGUUAAAAAAUUGUGUAUGUAGUACUGCAUCUGCAUGAUUAAUUGAAAUAAAACCAAAAUCAUGAUAUGGAUUAGUGCGAUUAUCAAAAUGUAAAGACUGGUUUUUAUUACAUUUAAAUGAUUAGUUUUCCAUCAAAAUAAAAGUUUGUUGGUUUGACUCUGAAAAUGAAGUUAAGUAAGUGUAAUUUUACACUUACA